UAGAAGGUGGAGUCAAAAUAUAAUCACAAGAGAUUUACCAGAAGCAAAACCCUGGAACAAGGAGACUAAAGUGAACUGGAAAAAUCCCAAAACACAGGCUGAGAAUCAAGAUCCUAUACAUCUUGGUGUUGGAGAUUGAGACUCAAGUGACUCCUGCUUCAAUAAAUUUGAGCCACUUGAAUAAGUUCUUAAAGAAAUUGAAAGAAUUCACCUGCAUGGGACCAGGAAAUGAAAACUCCACUUGCAGAGGCUGGAAAAGAUGAUCUAAACAGAAAAGAGACUCAUUGGUGAGAAGACUGUAACAGAGUGGCUUAAAUGAGAAGAAGAAAAUUUGAAGAUUGUGUAUUUUGUAUUAAUUUCAGAGGAGAAGGUCACCCAGCAUUUGGAAUACGUGCAUCAAACUCUGAGCGAGAAAAAUCUCUCACUUGUAAAACAGGUUAUACCUGUUGGAAAUGAAACUGAGCUGGGGAGCUGCAACUCUUUUCUACAGUAAAUAUGUACAUAACAGGGAACUAGAAACUCAUCUGAAGAUGUCCAAAAUUACACAAGACCUCAAGGAAUGAAGAGGGGCGGAGUUGACUGUAGAUUUACCUGAAGGAAGGGAACAGGCAGCGUGCACAAACUCCAGGCGCAUAUAAACCACUAUGGUGAUAAUGACCGAUGGAUUUACUCUGGACGGUGAUCGUUUACCAGCCAGAAUGAACGCUUUCCAGGGGAUGAAUUACCUGCUUCGAGACCGGAGUAACUGAUCUGACAGAAAAGCUGGAAAUUAAACACCUUAACCUGUGAGAGGCUGCAAAUGAUCGGGGCACGGUAUAAUAGGAAGUAUAUCCACUCCAAACUGUACCUGAUUACAGCAGAACGAACGUCCGAGGCUCAAGAACAAAGAGACUGUCAUUUAAUUCUGGUGAUAAACCUCAAUUGCCUUGUGGAACUGGAGUGAGUACUGUGCAUUUAAGUCUGUACCUGACACGUAUAAAUUGCAUCCCUGAGUGAGACCGUUCUUUUGCUGCACAUCAGGGUUGGAUAGAACUGGCUGUUUGAUAGUUAACUUCACAUAAGAUAUUAACCCUAUACUGAGACUUGCAGCCAAUGUGAAAUUUCGACCUCACCUCCAUACAGCUAUUUUGUGAUUGUUAAAUCUGCGAUAGAUUUGACCCUAGGGGCAGCACUGGACUACUGGAGAGACGUCGAACAACUUCAGUCAACAACCUGGGAGUUUGAUUUCAUCCAGUGUUUCCUCUGGGAAACUUCUAGACUCAGAAAAAUCAGCUUUCUUGAACUGCACUGUGAGAGACUUUAAACAAACAACGCAGUAUUGAAAGAAGCAAAGCAGAGAUAGACAUUCAAGGAAACGUGCUGUAUUGCCACUGGUUGACCCGAGAGGAUAACGUUUUCUGUUACUCGACAGUGAAAUCCUGCGCUUUACAAUAUCAAGCACCUUUGGCUACCAAAGCAACGAAUAAUAGUUUCAGAUCUCCAGCAUCCACAAUUCAUUAUGUUUAAAUAAUAGUUGAACCAUGCGUCCAGUACUGUUUUAUUCUGAGCUCCUGAGGAACGCCUGAGGACCCUGUAUGUGAAAGAUUACACUGAAAUCCUUCCAUGUUAUAAUUGGAAUUUAGAAUAUCUACAGCAAAUUGAAGAAUUUACCUGAGUGUAAAGUAUAAAAUUCCUGAAAUUUAUGCCUUGGUAAAUCUAUCAUGUAAAAAAACACCUGCUUAUAUGUCUUAACUAUGUGCAUCUAGGCAGCAUUGAAGGUUUCUGGUGUAGGAUUAAUCUUUGUACGGGAUUCUAGGAGUUUUUUUGCAUACUUAAUAACUUAUAUUGAGCUUGAUUCCAUUUUUUUUCCUAUGGCUGUUGGUGGGACAAUUUUACCAAAUGCCUGAGCUUUCUGAGAUCAUGUCUGGCAAUUUCCCAGCAAGUCGUUCCCGGAUCCAGCAGAGUAUCCUCGAGGAUCAGGUGGAAUUAUGGUGGUUCCAAGAUCUUAAAAGAUCGAUCCUGUGCUAUUCUGUGGCUGUGAUCUUGAUCCUAGGAACAGGGUUGGGAGGAAUUGUUCUAUUAUCUACAGCUACCAGUAAAUCGAGUGAAUGGAGGCUGGGAGUGGGAACUGUGCUGUGUCUUUUAGCUCUCUGCAUUCUUUUAAAACAACUGAUGAGCUCUGCCAUCCAGGACAUGAAUUGCAUGAGGAGCCGAUCCCAGAUUGACAAGUUAAGGAGUGGAGGCUUAAUUGAUUAUUUGAUUAUUUUAGUUGCUGGAUUAAUAAUACUAAUCUGUGGCCAUGCAUUGAUAAUCCUGGCACAUUCUGAUCCUUAUCCUUCGGGUAGAUCCUGGAGUGACAUGUUAAUUGCAGGUGUUGCCAUUACAUUAGCUGGAUACAUUAUCCUCCUCUCACUCCUGGUCUACAGUUUAAUCUUCAAAUUCUGCCCCCAUAUAGCAUCCAGCUCCUCGAACAGAGGGGUCCCAAGUGUUUACGUGAUAUCAUCAGGCAAUGCAGAGGGGAGGCCAAGGGAAUUUUCCUCCAGUACAGCCAACCUAAUAUAAAACCCGAACUGACUGACUUCAGCAGGAGUCCCUCUUACGUUGAGAUGAUUAAUCAGGCUGGGCUUGUUUGGUGCACAGUUUAUGAUGAAAACAGAAGAAACUCACAGGUUAGCUGCACAAAACAGUCCUUAACAAUAGUAAUUAAUGCAGGCCUGUAUAGAUUGUGAUUCAUUGGAGUCUAAUUUGUAACACAGAUUUAUAAAUCUUCUCAUUUAGCAAUUAUUAUUAGCUGAACAGGUAAAAUUAGAAUGAAAUUAACGUGAAAGCUGAGUUGUGAAGGUUUUGAUAUCUGCAGGUGUACGUAUUAACUCAUUGGUGAAUGAAUAGCUAAUGCACAUUAUUGUUACCUCACAACUGUAGCUGUCAUGAGUGGUUCUCACACCUUGCAAAAGCACUUUACAGAGUGAAUCAAGACUAAUGGAAACACAAGCACAUUUUUCUAUAACUAUCAGUAACAUCAGUCAUGAUUUUACUGUUGAUAAUAAAUGCAAUUGUUAAAUA